CAACAGCCGGCAAUCAAUCCCAAUAGAGAAAACGCAGAGAUUACAAACCCUAGCUCCAGCUCAUUUCUUCCCGUUUUCACUGUCUCCGUUUCUCUCUGUAAAAAAAUUAUCUCCGUUUCAGCCUCGUUCUCAAGUUUCAAGUGUAACAUCUCAUGUUUUGUUUACCAUAUUACUUUCUGCUUUGCUUUUAAGUAGCGUGACAACUGAAAAGAUCUGAGGAAGCUUUCCUUACAAGAAUGUUCUUACACUUACUAUCGAGAUUCAGAAUCCAGUCAAUUUGGAAAGCGUUGAUGAAAAGUUAUUAUCCACCUAAUAAAGUUAAUCUUUUGAAGAACAGGAGGCCAUCACUGCCGAUGUUAUUUGGUUGUUUUUGAAACCAUAGGUGCAAGGUUGUUCGCUUUUCCAGAGCUCCUAAAAGCUUUUUAUUGGUGUCCUUGUCUAAUGUCAGAAGGCAUAAUGGCUGUAGUCAAACCAGAGAUGAAGUCUUAUAUUUGGAUUCAAACUGCUGAUGGUUCAAUCCAGCAAGUAGAAGAGGAAGUAGCCAUGUUUUGUCCCAUGAUAUGCCGAGAAAUUCUUCAAACAGGCAUGGGUUCUUCAAAAAAUUAUGCUAUACCUCUUCCACAAAGGGUCAAUCCUCCCAUUUUUGGCUUAAUACUUGAUUAUUGCCGGUUUCAUCAAGUACCCGGCCGCUCGAAUAAGGAGCGCAAAAUUUUUGAUGAGAAGUUUGUUCGGAUGGAUACAAAAAGGUUGUGCGAACUGAUUUCAGCUGCUGACAGCCUCCAAUUGAAGCCUUUGGUUGAUCUCACUAGUCGUGCACUGGCUAGAAUUAUUGAAGGAAAAUCUCCCGAGGAAAUACGUGAGACAUUUCAUUUGCCCGAUGAUCUCACAGAGGAGGAGAAGUUGGAACCGCUGAAAAACAUAGCUGAUGAUCCACGUAUUCGGCUUUUGAAUCGGUUAUAUGCAAAGAAGAGAAAGGAACUACGAGAAAGGGGGAAACUUAAGAAUGUUGAGGUUGAGGAGGAGCUUGUGGAUGAACGCUCGGUUGACGAUCUAUUGUCAUUUAUUAAUGGUGGAAAUGAAGAGUCAAAGGAGGUUAAAACAAAUAAGAAUAAAAAGAAAAAUCGGAGACGAAAAGAUCAACUUAAGGAUUCAUCUUCAAACAGUUUAGACGGAAACCACAAGGCAUUCGAUUCUCUCACGUCUGCUUGCCGUGAUGGUGAACUUAGUGACAUUACGUUGUCCACUCCUAGUCAAACUUCAAAGUUGCAAGGUUCAACAGCUGUUAGCUUUUCACCUAAGCUUGAGUUUGAUGAUUCUGAUAGUGAUGACGAUUUGGAUCCUGUAAUGAAGGAGGAACUUGACAGGGAGGUGGAGGACUUCGCUCGGAGAUUGAAUUCUGAUUGGCCACAAAGGAUGCAGGAAAUUUUAUCAUUAAGCCAACAAAGAAGGCUUCUACCAGUAUCUAUGAAUGGAAAUGAUUCUGCACACAGAUGUACAGAUUUUGGACAGCAGAUAAUACUUCAAGAUCAAUAGAGUAUUUAUUUAUGAAAAUAUCAGCAGCCGGAGGACACGGUAGAGCAAUUUUUGGUGCUGCGAGAUGGUAGAAGAGUUGGCACUUUUUUUCGUGUCCACUGCAUGUGAUUAUAUUUGUUUGUUUUACCAUCACCAAAAUGCAAUUUACAUUUUUGGAAGUUUUUGUACAAUGGAAAAGGAAAGUUGAAAGUUAAAAGAAUCAACUCUUGAGAGAUGAGUGAGCAAAAAUCUGCUUAUUUGUCUUGUUUUUUAAUUUAAUUUAAUUUUGUUGCAGUUGGGUUUUUUUUAAU